UCUGUGGGAACCAGCUGAUAGCAGGUAGACUUUGCCCUGAAGGGGAAACGACACUACAGGAAGAGCAGCCGAGCGGAUUCCUGGGCUUCACACCAAGUUAUCUUUUUGGCACAAUGGCUCAAACUAAUGGCAGCAGUAACACUGGACUUCGUCCCCCACCUUACAACUUUCAGGAACAUGGACAGGGUCCGUACCCAGGCACCAGCUACCAGGUUGGAAAAGAGAACAUUUCAGUGGUGUCCUCGGCUGCGCCCUACGGCAACAUGGUCCACCCCGAGGGCCCGGCACCUGGAGCUGGACAGCAGUUUGCUGAAGCACCACCAGACUACUCCCAAGGCUUUGAGGAUGACAACUGUUUCAAUGACGCAGCCAUAAGAAGAGGUUUUAUAAGGAAGGUCUACCUGACCUUGAUGAUUCAGCUUUUGGUCACUGUUGGGAUCAUCUGUGCUUUUCUCUACUGGCCAGCUCUCAAGGAAUGGACGUGGACCAACUAUUGGUUCAACUACACCAUGAUGGUGGCGGUGAUGGUGCUCAUCAUGGCUUUGUCCUGCUGUGACAACCUCCGUCGUCAAGUCCCCCUCAAUUUCAUUGCUCUAGGCUUGUUUACCAUUGCAGAAGGCCUGAUGCUAGGAUCUGUGACAGUGUGCUUUGAAGCUGAAGCUGUUCUCUGGGCUGUGGGGGCAACAGCGCUGGUGUCCUUCGCUCUUAGUCUGUUUGCCAUGCAGUCAAAAUGGGACUUCACCGCCGCAAACGGGUGCAUGUGGGUGCUUGGCUGGACCCUCAUAUCCUUCGCACUGCUGUGUGCGAUCAUGCGAUCCCAGUAUAUUUACAUUGUAUACGCCUGCCUGGGAACCUUGGUGUUUUCCCUCUACUUGGUGUUCGAUACCCAGCUUAUCCUCGGUGGGAAGCACAGGAGGUAUGCCAUCUCUCCCGAGGAGUACGUGUUUGCCGCUCUCAGCCUGUACCUGGACAUCAUUUCCCUGUUCCUCCUCCUGCUGCAGCUCAUCGGCCUCUGCCGCUGACACCGAGCCUCCAUCACCACACACAGGUGUCCCAAAGCAACACUACAGCUCAUAAUUGUUGAAUAUAUGCCUGGAUGGAGAUGGAUUUGCAUCUCUCCUUCUCAGAAACCUCAAUUCUCUUGCUCUCCUGUGUGUCUGAAGAACUCAGAUGUACAGUUUGUGCUCCACCCCUGUCUGCCAUCACCUAUCAUUGUCAUGUCAUCUGUUAUUCAGGGCAUCUGAUACAUGACCAAGAUCUGUCCAAACAAGCAAACAAAAAAACUCUUUCAAGAAGUCACAUUUUUUAAAAUUAAAUGUCCUGUAUCUAAUUGCUGUCUGUGUAUGUAGAUUCAGAUUGAAUGGCUCUGAGAGGGAGAGGAAUUCACAGCCCAUCAUUAGAGCUCCACAGAUGUCUGCUGUCACCGUUGUGAAUAGGCAGGGAUGCACCAAUAUGUCUGCAUUAUUCUGGGCAUCUGACAUCUGUAACGUAUCCAAGAUCUGUCCAGCAAGGUUGUUUGUCCUCGAGUGGGCGUAAUUGUCAUUUAUCAAAGUGUUUAUUCUCUUUGGCAAAGUGGUACGCUGUGUGAAAAGCAGUGUUACGAUUACAUGUAAGCAAUUUGACCGCCUGAGCAAUCCACACCUUUUUGAUAUUCAGCGUUUCAGAUUACACAUUUUACAUUUGCUCAAACAUUUGACUGUUUCUGUCAAAGAGGGCCUCGUUGUUUUGCUUAACAUUUAUUAUUUUCACUCUUCUAGAGCAGGCAAGUGAAACUUUUUAAUGAGCAACAUCUAAGUGGGAAAUAAAGUAUGAAAAACUCACUUGAGCAUUGGCCAACUACUAAUUUAGAGUGAUCUUAUUAUCAAACUGAAGAUGAAAUCAAAGUAAAUUAUGGAUCUUUCCCAGACAUUCAGUGGGUGUGUGAGCCAGUUCAGUCUUCCACCUUUUGGACACAGAUCUGAUCCACGCCGCAUGCAGACGGGCGUGUGGACAGCCUCGCCAAACCAAUUCCCUUAUUUGUGCUGUAGUUUAUAAAUGAAGCCGUACUUGCUUUUGGGAAACCAGACACCCAUAACUCUUGUGACAUAAAGAAUUUUUCAGCCCAAGCACUUCCAGAAUUAGGUGUUUCCUAAGUAACUGUUAAUGAAAAUUGAAAACAAAUAUUUACCACUUUUCUGUGGUAAAAUUACUGCCUCAUGGAACACCUCUACUGUACACUGUUGUCUUAAUAUUUUGAUGUAAAAUAUUCUCUUCUGAUCUAUGUCAUUUGUACAGAGGAUGUGUAUGUAACUAAAUAAUGCACUUGAGGAGCGCUGUUUGCAGAGAAAAAUAAAGAUGCA